GCGGCGGGGGAUACGGAUGUGCGGGCGGGACAGAGCCCGGGCUGCCGCGAUCGCGUUGUUCAGCUCGGCCCUGUUUCGGGCCGGCCGCUCCGGACCCGGCUGGGCAGUGCCGGCAGCUUCCUUCAACCAUGCUGCCCGCGGCUGGGAGCCCCGCCGUGCGCCCGGGCCGCCGGCAGCGCGCUGACUCCUGAUUCAAGAGCACUUUAGCAUCUCCUCGGGGUGCUUCCUUCUUUCUUCAAUUGGCUCCAACAAGCAUCAUGAGGUUUCUAAGCAGUUUUACCACACCUUUUGAUGCCUCCAAAGAAGAAGUGUACCCACAAGGCCAGGAAGGCAGAGCUGGUUUUCCUUGAGCAGCCAAGGGCAGGGCCCAUCCAUUGCUAUGAAGCUCCACUGCAUUUGGCUGAGAAUCCCAGACGUGUGCCUACAAAACGUGUGGACCUGAACACCUCUGCUGCCUGGGUGUGCCCACAAUUUGACACAACUAAGCCACUGGUGUUGAAAGCACGCCAGAAGAAGCAUCGUGGUCCUCAGAAGUCCUAUAAUCAGGAUGCCAACCACAGCUCAUUUCAUGCACGAGGAGCUGCAGCCUGCAGAUUUCCUCCUUUAACUUUUGAGAAUCCAAAAGGACAUGCGGUCCCUCCGUUGGAUGAUCCAAAUUGCUUGAGGAAGAAUGCACAGUGCUCUCCCAACCAGCCUAAGAAAGGGACAGCAGCAAAUGCCAACAUCCAGGUGAAGAGUCUAGAGAACUGUGGAGGGCCUGCUCCCCAGCCCGUGGAGCAAGAAGUCUCUAGUCCAUCAGAUGCAGAGGCUGCACAGGUUCCUUCCCCAAGGAAUGGGAGAUGCAGCAACACUCUAUCACCAAGUAGUCACGCCUGGCACCCAGAAGAAGCGUUGCCACUUGGUACUGAGCCCUGUGGGAGAGGGGAGGCGGCAGCAGUACUGGUCGCAGAUACUCCCGAGCACGAGUAUGGAAUGAAGGUCACCUGGAGGCGGCGGCCGCACAUUAUGAAGUACCUGCGGGAGCAAGGGAAGCUGAGCGCUGCGGACAUCCUGGUCAAGGCAAACAUGGAGCUCCCGAGGGGACAGCCCCACACCUGA